AUGGAGGAAGCCUUGGAAAAUUUCACAGUGUCUGAUGAUCUAAUAUCGUACACUGUUCAUUUGGAAGAUUCUGUCCGACCAAGUUCAACUUCCUUUCUGAUCUUAAAACAUUUCUUACGAUUUACCUGUCUGUUUGUCGUUAUUGUUUGUCCAUGGGCAAACUUUAAACUAAUACAAUUGUUCAAGUCACAUUUAUUCUACAAAAAUUCGUCAUUAAAAUGGUAUAUUAUCCACAAAGCUGUAUUCGAUACUGUGUAUAUGCUCAUAUCAAUACCUAUCAUCGGCUUACUCACCUUUAAUAUCGAUGUUAUUCAUAAGAAUUUAUUUACCUGUAAAUUCAUAACUUACCUACAUUAUUUGGCAGAUGAUUUGAUAACCAUGAUGCUUACGCUAGCUUGCGUUGAUCGAAUGUUGCGAAUAACGUGUAAUCUGCGUAUUCAGACGCGUUUUUCUCUAAUUAUUUGUAUUGUUGUUACAUGUCUGUUCGCUAUUUCGAAUAUUCAUCAUAUUAUACGUUUACAACAUGAUCAUGGCUUUUGCCAUAAAACAUAUAUCGGUAUUUGGGACUAUGAUUACGAUAUUUAUUAUUCGUUAGUGUAUACAUCGAUAUCAUGGUUUAUCAUGUUUGUAUCCUCAUUGAAUUUAACAGUAAGUGUCUAUUGUGAUCGUGUACGACGUGCAAAAUUGAAUCAAUCAAAGCAACAGAAUCAACAAAUACAGGUUGCCAAGGGAAAACCGAGAAAUGGACACUCGUAUGCAAUGGAUAGUGAUCGACUGGAAUUAAUUCACAGUACAGAUGAGUGGGAAGAUUCAACAUCGAUCACGAUUGAACCAAAUCACGUUGGUACGAAUAGACCUGCCGAAGAAGAACAACAAGAUAAUGCAGAAUUACAAUUAACUGUUGGUGUAUUAAUAACUUCGGCGAUCUUUCUUCUAUGUAAUUUACCAAAUUUCAUCAUUUUCCUCAUGAGAUUUGUGUUUCUCUCGAGUUUUUCGGCCAUAGGUUCCACGUUUAUACAUAUUGCACUUUUUCCUCUACUGAUCGCUCACACAGUAUCAUAUUUUAUUUUCAACCAUUUACUUGCACGUUGUUUUCGUAAUAAUUUCUGA